AUGGCUCUGCAAGGCCCGGAGGAGCUGGGAGAGCCGGUGGAAGAAUCGGAGGACCUGGACGACCAUGACGCCAGUAGUAUCUCCCCGGCCGAGGAGAUAACGCUGCCAACCGGGCCCGGGGGCGAUGAAGAGGACCCAGCGGGGAACACCGUGUUACUGCCCUGGGACCGCUUCUCUGCCUGGCUGCACUGCAUAUGCGUGGUGGGCUUCGACCUGGAGCUGGGACAGGCGGUGGAGGUGAUCUACCCGCACCAUUCCAAACUGUCGGAAAAAGAGAAAACGAGCAUUUGCUACCUUUCCUUCCCAGACUCCAACUCAGGUUGCCUGGGCGACACCCAGUUCUGCUUCCGCUUUCGUCAGGGCUCCAACAGGAAGUCGUCGCUGGCUUUCUUCCUGGAAACGAGCGACAGGGACGCGCCGCCUUGUCUCAAGAGGGAGCAAGGCCAUUAUUAUGGUUAUGUUUAUUUUCGUCAAGUGCGUGACAAAUCUCUGAAGAGAGGCUACUUCCAGAAGUCACUGGUUCUGAUCAGUAAGCUGCCCUAUGUGACCUUCUUCCACUCGCUGCUCAAGAUCAUGGCUCCUGAAUACUUUGAGAAGCACGAACCCUGUCUAGAAGCGGCUUGUAACGACAUGGACCGCUGGCCCGCGCCGCAACCGGGGAGGAUCCUCACCCUGCCUAUCAUGGGCGUAGUCAUCAAGGUCCGCAUCCCCACCUGUUACGACAAACCGGGAACGUCGCAGCUGGUCCAGUCCACUCAGAGUGACAGUCUGGUGUCCAUUGUGCUUCCCACCAUCCAUGAGGUGGACCUCUUCAGGUGUUUCUUUCCAGUUUUCUUCCAUAUCCAGAUGUUGUGGGAGUUGGUGUUGCUCGGCGAGGCGCUUGUGGUCAUGGCGCCUUCUCCGGCCGAGUCGGCGGAAACCGUUCUGGCGCUGGUCAGUUGCAUUUCGCCUCUGCGCUACUGCAGCGACUUCCGGCCUUACUUCACCAUCCAUGACAGCGAGUUCAAGGAGUACACCACCAGGACGCAGGCGCCACCCUCAGUCAUCCUCGGCGUCACCAAUCCUUUCUUCGCCAAGACUCUGCAGCACUGGCCUCACAUCAUCCGAAUCGGUGACAUGAAGCAAGCAGGCGACAUGGUGAAGCAGAUGAAAGUGAAGAAACUGAAGAAUUUGAAAACUCUGGACUCCAAACCUGGUGUAUACACGGCGUACAAGCCGUACCUCAACAAAGAUGAGGAAAUCAUCAAGCAGCUACAGAAGGGUGUCCACCAGAAGCGUCCCUCAGCGGCCCAGACCGCCAUUUUACGCCGCUACUUCCUGGAGCUGACGCAGAGCUUCAUCAUCCCUCUGGAGCGCUACGUGGCCAGCCUGAUGCCGCUGCAGAAGUCCAUCAGCCCUUGGAAGAGUCCUCCGGCACUGCGGGCCUUCGUGCAGCAGGACUUCAUGAAGACGCUGGACAAGGCGGGUCCCCAGCUCACUUCCAGGCUCAAAGGCGACUGGAUCGGGCUCUACAGGCAUUUCCUGAAAUCUCCCAAUUUCGACGGCUGGUUCCGGAACAGGAGGAAGGAGAUGACGCAGAAACUUGAGGCUUUGCACCUGGAGGCGCUAUGCGAGGAGGACCUGCAGCAGAGAGUCCAAAAGCAUUCAGAGGUGGAGACCGUGGACCUGGUUCUGAAAUUGAAGGACAAACUUAUUCAGGCGGAGAGGGAGCGUCUGCCCGUACGCGCCGGGACGUUGGCCAAACUGCGAUCUCACAUCGACGGCGUCAUCCUGGCCUUACCCGAAGACCUCCAGGGGAUCCUGCACAAGCCCGACACGCCCUGA